AUGCAUUUAUCAUAUCCUUUCUCUCAGAAAAAAUAUACUCCUAUCUAUCUAUCUAUCAUAUCUAUCUAUCUAUCUAUCUAUCUAUCUAUCUAUCUCCUCCAUCUCUCUUUCUGCUUUCCUUCCAUCUAUCUCUCUUCCUUCGUUCCAUCUAUCUUCUUCCUCACAUCCAUUUCUCUUUCUUUCUUCCUUACUUCUAUCAUUCUUUCUUCAUCCAUCUAUCUUUCUUUCUUCCUCCCUUUCGUUCAUCCUUCUGUCUUUCUUCCUGCGAUCUUUCUUUCUUUCUUUCUUUCUUUCUUUCUUUCUUUCUUUCUUCCAUCGAUCUCUUUCUUCCUUCCUUUCGUUCAUCUUUCUUUCUUCCUGCCAUAUUUCUUUCUCCCUUCCACCCAUCUAUCUUUUUUUCUGCCUUCCUUCAAUCUAUCAUUCUUUAUUCCUUCCUUCUAUCAAUCAAUCAAUCUAUCUAUAUCUUUUUUCUUUCUUUCUUUCUUUCUUUCUUUCUUUCUUUCUCUCACUCUUCCGUGUAUCUUUCUUUCUUUCUUUCUUCAUUUCCUACUCUCCAUCUUUCCUUUGUCCUGCCUUCAACCUAUAUUUCUGCCUUCCUUACUUCCAUCUUUCUUUCUUUCUUUCUUUCUUUCUUUCUUUCUUGCAUCAAUACAUCUUUCUUUAUCCCUUUCCUCCUUUCCUUCAGUUCAUCUUCAUUUCUUCCUUCAUGCCUUCUUUCUUUCUUUCUUUCUUUCUUUCUUUCUUUCUUCAAUCUACCAUCCUUCCAUCUAUCUUUCUUUCUUCCCCACUUCUGUCUAUCUUUCUUCCUUCCGUCUUUCUUUCUUCCUUCCUUCCAUCCAUCUUUCUUUCGUCUUUCCUUCAAUCUAUCUUUCUUUCCUUCCUUCCAUCUUUCUUUCUUCAGUCCUUCAAUCCAUCUUUCUUUCUUUCUUUCUUUCUUUCUUGCAUCAAUACAUCUUUCUUUAUCCCUUUCUUCCUUUCCUUCAGUUCAUCUUCAUUUCUUCCUUCUUUCUUUCUUUCUUUCUUUCUUUCUUUCUUUCUUUCUUUUUCUUCUACUCAGCCGUCAUUCUUUCUUUCUUUCUUUCUUUCUUUCUUCAAUCUACCAUCCUUCCAUCUAACUUUCUUUCUUCCCCACUUCUGUCUAUCUUUCUUCCUUCCGUCUUUCUUUCUUCCUUCCUUCCAUCCAUCUUUCUUUCGUCUUUCCUUCAAUCUAUCUUUCUUUCCUUCCUUCCAUCUUUCUUUCUUCAGUCCUUCAAUCCAUCUUUCUUUCUUUCUUUCUUUCUUUCUUGCAUCAAUACAUCUUUCUUUAUCCCUUUCCUCCUUUCCUUCAGUUCAUCUUCAUUUCUUCCUUCAUGCCUUCUUUCUUUCUUUCUUUCUUUCUUUCUUUCUUUCUUCAAUCUACCAUCCUUCCAUCUAACUUUCUUUCUUCCCCACUUCUGUCUAUCUUUCUUCCUUCCGUCUUUCUUUCUUCCUUCCUUCCAUCCAUCUUUCUUUCGUCUUUCCUUCAAUCUAUCUUUCUUUCCUUCCUUCCAUUUUCUUUCUUCAGUCCUUCAAUCCAUCUUUCUUCUUUCUUUCUUUUUUCUUUCUUUCCCUCAUUCUUUCUUUCUUUCUUUCUUACAUAUAUCUUUCUUCCUUCCUCCCUUAAGUUCAUCUUCCAUCUCUCUUCCUUUCUUCAUUUCUUCCUUUCUUCCAUCUCUCUUUCUUCCUUCGUUCCAUCUAUCUUCUUUCUUCCUUUCUCCCAUCUUUAUUUCUUCCCUCCUUCCAUCUUUCUCCCUUCCUUCAAUCCAUAUCUCUUUAUUCCUUCCCUCCUGCCUUCUAUCUAUCUAUCUAUCUAUCUAUCUAUCUAUCUAUCUAUCUAUCUUCUUCCUUCCAUCUAUCCUUCUUCCUUCUUUAAUUAUUUUCUUUCUUCAAUCUAUCUUUCUUUCAUUCCAUGUGUCUUUCUUUCUUGCUUGCUUCAAUACAUCUUCCUUUCUCUUUUCCUUCCUUUCAUCUUUCUCCCUUCCCUUCAAUUCAGCUUUAUUCCUUCCUUCCUACCAUCUUUCUUUCUUUCUUUUCUUUCUUUCUACCAUCUCUCGUCCUUUCUUUCUUUCUACCAUCUCUCUUUUUUUCUUUCUUUCUUUCUUCUAUCUUUCUUCCUUCCAUCCUUCUUUCUUUCUUCUUUCCUUUCUUUCUAUCUAUUUCAGCCUUUUCAAAUCUAUCUACAUCAUUCUGAUCUGUUCAUUGGCAGAGUACCUGAAUUCAAAGGACUUGAAUUUUUCUUUCUUUCUUUCUUUCUUUCUUUUUUCUUUCUUUUAUUUAUUUGAUUUUUUCUUUCUUUUAAGUUUUUUUCUUUUUUCUUUCUUUCGAUUUUCUACAUUCCUUUCUUUCUUUCUUUCUUUUUUCUUUCUUUUAUUUAUUUUCCUUCUUUCUUUUUCUUUUUCUUUUUUCUUUCUCUUUUUCUUUCUUUAUUUCUUUCUUUUUCUAUUUUAUCUUCCUUUCUUUCCUUCCUUCUUACUUUCUUUCUUUCUUUCCCCCUUACAUACGUAUAUCUCUCUACCUUGCUGUCCCUCUCUUUAUCUUUUUCUUCCUUCUUUAUUUAUCUUUCUUGAUAUCUCACACUAUUCUCUCUCUCUUUCUCUCUCUCUCUCUCUCUUUCACACAUACACACAGACACUCCCCCUCACUAUCACUUUCCCCUCUAUAUUUAUCUCCUACUUCACCAUCCGAAAUUGA